AUGGCCUCCCGUUCUGCUCCUUUUGCCACUGCAGUUCCUGAUGCAGCAGGAAGACAGAGCCCACCCCCAGAUAUCUUUACAUUGCUAGGAAAUGCAAAUGGGGCACCCUGCGUAUUCCCUUUCAAGUUUAAUAGCAAAUGGUAUAGUGAGUGUACAGAUGCUGGCAGGACAGAUGGCUGGCUCUGGUGUGGUACAACCACAGACUUUGAUGCUGACCAAUUAUAUGGAUUUUGCCCACUAAAAUGUAAAGACACCAUCAGAUUUUGGAAGUGAGAUCCUUCAACAGGUUUCCACUACCAGAUCAACUCCCAAUCAGCACUAACAUGGCACCAAGCAAGAACAAGCUGCCAGCAACAGAAUGCAGAAUUAUUAAGUAUCACACAGAUGCAUGAGCAAAUGUAUCUAAGAGGGUUAACUGAAAGUAUGGGUUCUGCUCUCUGGACUGGUCUUAACAGGCUGGAUUUAAAGAGUGGAUGGCAAUGGAUUGGAGGCAAUCCUUUCAGAUACUUGAACUGGGCUCCAGGAAGUCCCUCUCCAGAGUCUGGAAAAAUCUGUGCAGCUUUAAAUCCUGGAAGAAAUGCUCAAUGGGAAAACUGGGAAUGUGAUCGGAAACUUGGCUACAUUUGUAAAAGGGGAACCACCAGUUUAGAUUCUUUCACUGUUCCCUCAGAUGAUUUGGGGCCUAUUAAAUGCCCAGAUGGAUGGAUGUCAUAUGUAGGUCACUGUUACAUGAUUCACAGGGAGCCCAAAAUAUGGAAAGAAGCCUUGACUUCUUGUAGAAAGGAGGAUGGUGAUCUGGUCAGUAUCCACAGUGUUGAAGAGCACAGCUUUAUAGUAUCUCAGCUUGGGUUCAAGCCAACAGAUGAGCUGUGGAUUGGACUGAAUGAUUUUAAGGUUCAAAUGUUUUUUGAAUGGAGUGAUGGGAGUCCUGUAACAUACACCAAAUGGCAACACGGAGAACCAACCAGAGCAAACAACAGGCAAGGAGACUGUGUAGCUGUGAAGGGCCAGGAUGGCUACUGGGCAGAUCAUCUUUGUGAAAAGAAAAUUGGUUACAUCUGUAAAAGGAAACCAUUGUCACAAGUGUCUCAGGAAAUGGAAAGCACAGAUGCAGGCUGCCAGAAGGGCUGGAAAAGAUAUGGCACAUACUGUUAUUCUAUUGGACAGAUACCCGUAACAUUUUCAGAAGCAAAUGAAAUCUGUGCAAGGAAUAAGAGUUACCUAGCUUCAAUUGAAAAUAGGUAUGAACAAGCCUACCUGAUUAGUCUAGUUGGGCUGAAGCCUGAAAAAUAUUUCUGGAUAGGUCUUUCAGAUGUAGAGGAACCAGGGACUUUCAAGUGGACCAAUGGUGAAGCAGUUCUGUUCACUCACUGGAAUUCAGCAAUGCCUGGAAGAAACCCAGGCUGUGUUGCUAUGAGAACUGGAACUGCAGCUGGAUUAUGGGACGUUCUUAAUUGUGAGAUGGUGGAAACAUUUCUCUGUAAACAAUGGGCUGAGGGAGCGACACCACCUCCUGUUCUUCCAACAGCUCCUUCUCCCACAUGCCCCCAAGGUUGGGAAUCAACCACUUAUAGUAGCUCAUGCUUCAAAUGUUUUUCUAAGAGAACACAACCACAAAAGAAAACAUGGUUUGAAGCUCGAGAUUUUUGCAGAGCAAUAGGAGGCGAUCUGGCUACUAUCCAGAGUAAGGAGGAAAAUCGUAUAAUAAAAAUUGCAAUAAAUAAAGGUGGAUCCUUAUAUAGUACUUAUUGGACUGGUAUAUUUUCCUUGUAUCCUGACGAAGGAUUUGUUUGGAGUGAUGGCUCUCUGGUAAAAUACACAGACUGGGGAGAAAGAUCAAUAAAUCGGGAAGGAGACAAAGAUUGUGGAGUGGUCAGUGGAUACAGUUUUUCCUUGCAUUGGAAGCAUGCAUCUUGUGAAAUGCUGCAUGACUGGAUUUGUCAGAUAAAAAAAGGAGUAUCAUUAAAAUCAGAACCAGUUAGCAAAUAUGAGUAUAAAACCACUGAAGAUGGAUGGGUUAUAUAUGAAGAAAAACAGUAUUUUUUCAGCAGAAAUGAGGUGCCUAUGGAAAAAGCCCGAGAAUUCUGCCAGAAGAAUCUUGCAGAUCUUGCUGUAAUUGAGAGUGAAAGUGAAAGAAAGUUUCUAUGGAAAACUGGUAUCUCUCUGCAUGAGACCAGAUCAUAUUUCAUUGGUUUAACACUGAGUCUUGAUAAAAAGUUUAGCUGGCUGGAUGGAACCCCAGUGAACUACGUAGCCUGGGCUCCCAAUGAGCCCAAUUUUGCAAAUAAUGAUGAAAAUUGUGUGAUCAUGAUAUCAACCAUAGGUUUGUGGAAUGAUAUAAAUUGUGGCUUUCCAAGUGGUUUUAUCUGUGAAAGGCACAACACUACCAUUAACUCAACAUUUGCUCCUGCACCUCCAGGAGGCUGUACAGAAACUUGGCUUUUGUUUAACAAUAAGUGUUUCAAAAUAUUUGGCUCAAGUGAAAGUGAGACAUUGAUGUGGCAUGCUGCACGAAUGGCUUGUAUAAAUUUAGGAGGAAACCUGGCUUCCAUACCAAAUAAAGAAGUCCAAGCCUUCCUCUUCUACCAUUUAAGGGAAGUCAUGACUGAUACAUGGAUUGGAUUGAAUGAUAUAAAUAGUGAGUUAUCAUUUCUUUGGAUGGAUGGAAGUGGUGUCUCCUAUAAAAACUGGGCCAACGGUGCACCUACGUACAGACGCACAUACUCUUAUUUUUAUUAUGAUGGUGGUAGCGAUGAUGAUGACUAUCAGGAGAAAGACUGUGUCAUUAUGACAAAGGAAGAAGGGACAUGGAAAGAUGAAGACUGUGAAAAUGACAAAAGCUAUAUAUGCCAAAUGAAUUUAAACCCUAAAUUACUUCAUUCCCCAACAACAAUUCUAGCCUCUGGCUUUAUCCGUUAUGGUGACAGUAGCUAUGCAGUCAUCCAUUCCAAAAUGAAAUGGGAAGAGGCAAGAAAAAAUUGCAAGGACAGAUCUUCAGAACUUGCUAGUAUUUUAGAUAUCCACAGCCAUUCAUUCCUAUGGUUACAAAUGUUAAAGUAUGGAGAGCCUGUAUGGAUUGGUCUUAACAGCAAUGUAACAGAUGGCCAUUAUAAAUGGGUUGAUAACUGGAUAAUCAAAUAUACUAAAUGGGCAACAAGGGAACCAAAAGUGAAAAUAGCCUGUGUCUAUCUAGACCUUGAUGGAACCUAGAAGACAGCAUCUUGUAAUGAAAGCUACUUCUCCGUCUGUAAACAGUCAAAUGUUGUGGCCCCUCCUGAUCCUCCACAGCUGCCUGGAAAUUGCCCUGAAUCAGAGGAACUCAGAUCUUGGAUUCCUUUCCAUGGUCACUGCUACUACAUUGAAUCAUCAGCUAUGAAAAGCUGGGCCCAAGCUUCCCUGGAAUGUAUUCGAUUAGACGCUGCUUUGGUUUCAGUAGAAGAUUUGGCUGAAUCCAACUUUCUGACACACAGGAUACAGACUCUUGAAAGCAAAAUGCAAGGUUUUUGGACAGGAAUGUACCGAAAUGGUUUAGACCAAUGGUUGUGGCUAGACAACACCAUAGUGGAUUUUGUCAACUGGAAUGUAAAAAUGCCCACUGAAAGAGAGCACUGUGUUGAAAUAGCUGCACAAUCUGGGUAUUGGAAUAAUAUUCUGUGCUCUUCUGAAAAAGGAUUUGUUUGUAAAACGCCAAAGAUUCUUGAAGUUCAGCCAACUAAAAAGCCUCCAGAUAAGAAAGGUAAGACUAUUGAUAAGCAAAAUAACAAGAAACCCAAAAUACCACACAAACAUAGGUGA